AUGAACAUUUUGCAAGGAAUCAGAAACAGACAAGCCCUAAAUUUUUCUCCCGCCGGUGGUGACAGGUUCGCUCUUCUGACAUUUUCUGCCAUUGAUGCAUCUGGAGAGGGUUUGAGCUUGACAUUCAGACGCUGGGCUACCAAAAAGACGGCAGGAUCCACAAAAAAUGGACGUGACUCACUUCCAAAGAAUCUUGGAGUGAAAAAAUUUGGUGGAGAAAGAGUGAUACCUGGGAACAUCAUUGUUCGUCAAAGGGGAACGCGUUUCCAUCCUGGAAAUUAUGUUGGAAUCGGGAAAGAUCACACUCUCUACGCUUUGAAGGAAGGUUGUGUCAAGUUUGAGCGCCAUAAAUUGAGCGGACGCAAGUGGGUGCACGUUGAGCCGAAAGAUGGACAUGAAAUCCAUCCUGCCUAUGCAAGUGCUGAUUCGAGUCUCGAGAUGAAGACAGCAGCUUAA